AUGGCAAAUUUUAUGUUCUAUAUCUUCACACACAUCUUUGCUGGAGCAGAAGCGAGAGCCCGUGGGCUUGCUGCCCCUACUCCCGGUUUCCCCGCGGCCCCGCCCUACCCAGGUGUAGGUUCUCGUCCAGGCAGGUGCGAAGGCCCGACCCUUGCAGAGAGAAAGCCUCUGCAGCCUCUCCUCUCCACCUGGACCCGAGACUCCCCGUGCUGGCGUGGCAGGGGUGCGCCCGCCCGGACUGGACAGCUGGGACCCGAGCAACCGAGCCGGGGCAGCCACGUGGCGGCGGGGCGGGGACCGGGCGGGCGCGGCACUGGAAGCUGGCUGUCCCGGGAGCAGAGGGGUCUCCCCACCCAGACCACCAGGAUCCCCGUUUGCUGGAGAAUGACCCAGAUGCCCCAGGUGCAGGAGCUCUUCCAUGAGGCAGCCCAGCAGGGGGCCCUGGCUCAGCCUCAGCCCUGGUGGAGGAGCCAGCUGUUCGUGUGGGAGCCCGUGCUGUUUGGGACCUGGGAUGGUGUGUUCACAUCCUGCAUGAUCAACAUCUUUGGGGUUGUGCUCUUCCUGAGGACUGGCUGGCUGGUGGGAAACACGGGAGUGCUCCUGGGCAUGUUUCUGGUGUCCUUCGUCAUCCUGGUGGCCCUCGUCACGGUGCUGUCUGGCAUUGGUGUGGGGGAGCGCAGCAGCAUCGGCAGUGGUGGCGUCUACUCCAUGAUCUCCUCGGUCUUGGGUGGGCAGACGGGAGGCACCAUCGGGCUGCUCUAUGUGUUUGGACAGUGUGUUGCAGGUGCCAUGUACAUCACCGGCUUUGCUGAAUCUAUCUCGGAUUUGCUGGGCCUCAGGAGUAUCUGGGCUGUGCGAGGAAUUUCAGUUGCGGUGCUUCUGGCCUUGCUGGGCAUUAACCUAGCAGGUGUCAAAUGGAUAAUCCGCCUACAGCUGCUGUUGCUGUUCCUGCUGGCUGUGUCAACACUGGACUUUGUGGUGGGUUCUUUCACCCACCUGGACCCAGAAAAUGGUUUUAUUGGAUAUUCACCCGAACUGCUACAGAACAACUCGCUGCCUGAUUACAGCCCCAGGGAGUCUUUUUUCACUGUCUUUGGGGUUUUCUUCCCAGCGGCUACAGGAGUGAUGGCCGGCUUCAACAUGGGGGGCGACCUCAGGGAGCCUGCCACCAACAUUCCCCUGGGCUCCCUGGCAGCUGUUGGCAUCUCGUGGUUUCUGUACAUCGUCUUCGUCUUCCUCCUGGGCGCCAUCUGCACUCGAGAGGCCCUUCGCUAUGACUUCCUGAUAGCCGAAAAGGUAUCCCUCGUGGGCUUCCUGUUCCUUUUGGGCUUAUACAUCUCAUCCCUGGCUUCCUGUAUGGGAGGACUUUAUGGAGCUCCCCGCAUCCUGCAAUGCAUUGCUCAGGAGAAAGUGAUCCCUGCACUUGCCUGUCUGGGACAAGGGAAGGGACCAAACAAAACACCUGUGGCUGCCAUCUGCCUGACCAGCUUGGUGACCAUGGCCUUUGUCCUUGUGGGUCAGGUGAACAUUCUGGCCCCCAUCGUCACCAUCAACUUCAUGCUGACAUAUGUUGCAGUGGACUACUCUUACUUCUCCCUGUCCAUGAGUUCCUGUAGCCUGCCCCCAGUGCCUGAGCCAGUGCUCAGGGAGGGCCCGGAAGGCCUCCAUUGCUCUGAGCACCUGCUCUUAGAGAAAGCUCCCAACUAUGGCUCUGAGGGACCUGCCCAAAGUGUCUUGGAGGGCACACUGCUGGAAUUCACCAAGGACAUGGAUCAGCUCUUCCAGCUAACCAGGAAGCUUGAGAGUAGCCGGCCCAGGCAAGGAGAGAGUAACAGGACCCCAGAGAAUCAGAAGAGGAAAGGCAAGAAGGCAACCAAGCAGACCCUCCAAGAUAGCUUCCUCUUGGACCUCAAAUCCCCUCCUUCUUUCCCUGCCGAGAUCUCUGAUGGGUUGUCCGCUGCCUCCUGGGAGGGGCGGGAGUCCUGCUGGAACAAGCAGACUUCCGGGAGUGAAGGGACUCAGCCUGGGGGAACAUAUGGAGAGCAACCUGUGUCUGAGCUGUGCAACCAAUCUGAGCCCAGUGGAGAUUUCUUCCUGAAGUCCAGGCUCCAAGAACAAGAUGUCUGGAGAAGACCAACUUCUUUCUAUAGCAACAUGUGCAACCCCUGGGUCUCCUUGUUGGGCGCUGUUGGGUCCCUUCUCAUCAUGUUUGUGAUACAGUGGGUGUAUACCCUGGUUAACAUGGGUGUUGCUGCCAUUGUGUAUUUCUACAUUGGCCGGGCCAGUCCAGGGCUUCACCUUGGAUCAGCCUCCAAUUUCAGCUUUUUCCAGUGGAUGAGGUCUCUCUUGAUCCCCUCCUGCAGGAGCUUGCAGUCCCCUCGGGAGCAGAUCAUCUUGGCACCAUCCCUGGCUAAGGUUGACAUGGAGAUGACUCAGCUCACCCAGGAGAACGCAGACUUUGCCACUCGGGAUCGCUACCAUCACUCCUUCCUCAUGAGUCAGGAGCAGCUGAUGCCUCAUUACUAGAUGCAGUACAGGGAGCUGUCCCAUGCACAGUGGACCCAAUCCCAGAACCUUCGUGGGGCUGCUUCUCCUCCAUGAGAAACUAAAGACCCAUCCUCUCGCUGUCACUUUGGACAAUGGAAAUCUACAUUUUCUUAGAACAUAAGGAAGAAGGAAAAAGACAAAAAAGGAAAUCUGCAUUCUGCUCAGAGGACCACAUUUCACCUGGGAUGACAUCAGGAAUGGUGCUGGCCUCUGCAACACCAAGUCUGAAGAGCUCUACACAGGUACCAAGCCUAGCAGAGGACACCAAUACUCCUGGGUAUGGGGAACUGGAACUGAACCACAACCAGAUUGCUUGUGCAGAGGGCCACAAUGAAUGUAUGUUUUGUAUUUUAUUGUAUUAUUUAUUCAGGGAUAAUACAAUAAUAUGAAAAAUGUAUUAUUUCUUGAAUAAAUAAUACAUUCACGUGUUUCCAAAUCCAAACGUUAUAAUCAUAUAUAGAGUGAAAAGUCCCCCUCCAAUCUUAUUCCCCACCUGCUCAGUUCCUGUUUACCCUGGCCCAGAGGUAGCCACUGUUCGCAUCCAUACAUCCAGCAUUUCUUUAUGAAUAUACAAGUAAACGGGAAUGUAGGGUCUCACAUUCUCUUUUUAUACACAAAAGUUAGCAUGUUAUAUGCAUGUUCUUCACCUUUUUUCCCUUAACUGUCUGGGAGACAUUUCCAUAUCAAUUCAUAUGCCAUUUCAUUUCUUUCAUUGUAUAAAUGUGCUAUAAUUUAUUUCACCAGUUCCACAGUGAUGAGCAUUUGGAUUCUUUCCAGUCUUUUGCAAUGACAAUCAGUUCUUCAGUGAAUAAUCUUGUACAAAUGUAUAAGCAUAAAAUGUAUCUCUAGGAUAAAUUCCCAAAAGUGGAGUUGCGGGAUCAAAAGGUACAUGCAUUUGUAAACUAUUACUGUUUAGUGAUGGUCUUUUUAAUUAAAAAGUUAACAUGAA